GAUUUAACUUAACUCAUGACUGAGGGUGCUUCUUCGGGCGGAGGAGGAGGUAGGGGUGCAACUCAGCACUAUACCAAGACUCUCGGUAACGGCGAGUACCUGGGGAAAACCCCAGGGCUUAGCGUUCAGAGAUGGGUUCCUUCACGAAGCACUAGACGAGAUGUCAACUCCUCCAAUGAAAAAGAACAACAUGAUGCAAUAUUUAGGAAAGUAAGAGGCAUACUUAAUAAACUGACCCCUGAGAAGUUUGAUAAGCUAUGCCUUGAGCUUCUCAAUGUGGGCGUAGACUCUAAACUUGUCCUCAAAGGUGUCAUCUUGCUGAUUGUAGACAAAGCCCUAGAAGAGCCCAAAUACAGCUCACUCUAUGCUCAGCUAUGUCUGCGUUUGGCAGAGGAUGCACCAAACUUUGAUGGCCCUACACCUGAAAUCCAGUCAUCUCAAAAGCAGAGCACAACCUUCAGAAGACUUCUAAUUUCCAAGCUUCAAGAUGAAUUUGAAAACCGCACAAAAAAUGUUGACAUCUACGACAAACAAGACAACCCUCUCACCUCUGAGGAGGAGGAGCAGCGUGCCAUUGCCAAGUUCAAGAUGCUUGGCAAUAUCAAAUUCAUUGGAGAACUUGGCAAACUUGACCUCAUCCAUGAAUCUAUCCUUCAUAAGUGCAUCAAAACACUUUUGGAGAAAAAGAAGAGGGUCCAGCUCAAGGACAUGGGAGAGGAUCUGGAGUGUCUCUGUCAGAUAAUGAGGACUGUGGGGCCCAGACUCGACCAUGACAAAGCCAAGUCUUUAAUGGAUCAAUACUUUGGCCGAAUGCGAUCCUUAAUGAACAACAAGGAUUUGCCUGCAAGGAUUCGUUUCCUACUGCAGGAUACUGUGGAGCUGAGAGAGAACAAUUGGGUUCCUCGCAAAGCUUUUAUCGACAACGGACCAAAGACGAUUAACCAGAUUCGUCAAGAUGCAGUGAAGGAUUUGGGUGUUUUUAUUCCACCCAUGAACCAGGGAAUGAGAAUGGACUUCUUCUUAGAAGGCCCAUUUAUGCCGAACAGGAUGAAACUGGACAGAGAAACUCUUGGAGGAUUGGCCGAUAUGUUUGGUCAGAUGCCAGGAGGUGGCAUAGGGACUGGUCCAGGUGUGAUCCAGGACAGAUUUUCCCCCACCCUAGGACGUCAUCGUACAAACCCACUUUUCAAUGGCCACAGUGGACACAUGGCUUCCCAACCACAGUUACAAUUUGAUUUGGGUAUGAAGCCUUUCAUCAAGUCUAGUCAGGGACAGAAUCAGCAUUUUCACAAUCAAAACCAGAACCAUUCAAACCAGCAGCAAGUACAGUCGAAGGACAUGCCACCACGCUUCAAGAAGGGGCAGCUCAAUGCAGAUGAGAUCAGCCUGAGACCAGCUCAGUCAUUCCUUUUGAAUAAAAACCAAGUGCCAAAACUGCAGCCUCAGAUCCCCACCAUGAUUCCUCCUAGUGCUCAGCCUCCACGCACGCAGACUCCACCACUUGGACAGCCUCCUCAGCUUGGUCUGAAAACCAACCCUCCUCUGAUCCAGGAGAAACCUCAGAAGACAAUCAAGAAACCACCACCUGCCAAGGAGGAACUGCUGAAAAUGACGGAGAAUGUUGUGACUGAGUAUCUUAAUAGUAAGAACUUGGAGGAUGCAGUCAGUGGCGUGAGAGAAAUGAGAGCUCCAAAACACUUUGUGCCAGAGAUGUUGAGUAAGACCAUCUUAUGUUCUUUGGAGCGGAGUAAUGAAGACAGGGAACAGGCUAGCACUCUUAUCAAUACACUGCGCAAUGAGGGCUUGAUCACUGGGGAAAACUUUAUGCAGGCUCUUCUGAAUGUGUUAGAUCAGUGUUCUAAGAUUGAGGUAGACAUUCCUCUGGUGAAGUCUUACCUUGCCCAGUUUGCAGCACGGGCAAUCAUCGCUGAGCUGGUCAGUGUGGCAGAACUGGCUCAUCCCCUGGAGAAUGGCAACCACUUCCCUCUUUUCUUGCUGUGUUUGCAGCAAGCAUCCAAGCUCAAGGACCGUGAGUGGCUCACAGAUCUCUUCCAGCAGAGCAAGGUUAACAUGCAGAAGAUGCUUCCUGAAAUUGAUCAAAAUAAGGACCGUAUGCUGGAAAUUCUGGAGGGGAAGGGUCUGAGUUUCCUGUUCCCCUUGCUGAAACUUGAGAAGGAACUGCUAAAGCAGAUCAGAGCAGACUCCUCCCCUCAGGCCAUCUACAAGUGGAUCAAAGACAAUAUCUCUCCCAAACUCCACACUGACAAGGGCUUCAUUAACAUACUUAUGACCAGCUUUCUUCAGUAUAUUUUUGCUGAGCUUGGUGUGACUGAAGGAGACGAGCAACUGUCCACUCCUUCUAAAGAGCAGCUGGACCAGGAGAAGCAACUACUACUAGUCUUCAAGCCAGUCAUGCAGAAGUUCCUCCAUGAUCAUACAGACCUGCAGGUCAGCGCCCUGUACGCCCUGCAGGUGCACUGCAAUGCCAAUGCAUUCCCAAAAGGUAUGUUGCUUCGCUACUUUGUCCAUUUUUACGACAUGGAGAUAAUUGAGGAGGAAGCUUUUCUUGCGUGGAAAGAAGAUAUCACCCAAGAGUUUCCUGGAAAGGGAAAAGCCUUAUUCCAGGUGAACCAGUGGUUGACUUGGCUGGAGACAGCCGAGGAAGAGGAGUCAGAGGAGGAAGCCGACUGAGGAUCCAGGCUAAUCCUCUCCAGUUUCCUGCUAAAUAACAUCCUGUCUUCUCCUUGGUUUCUACACUUUUUGCAAUAGCUCACACACUCAACCAUCUCCACAAUACACUGCUGCUAGGCUCAUGAAUUAACUGCCAGAAAACAAUGUCAUCUUCAUAAUAAUCAAUGUUUUGCUUGUUUCAUUUGCUUGCCAAUGGCAGGUUGCAUCAGCUUCUUUUGAGGUUUUAAAUUCCAGAGGAUAUAUCAACCACUAUGUCUAACAUUUUUUAUUAGACCUGAAGAAAAAGUUGUAACCUGUUGCCUGGCUUAAUUUGUGUGUUGUUUCAAAGGACAUGGGACAGCUUUUGGUGUCUCAUUCUUAGUAAAUACACAGCUGUCAAUAUAGAAGUGAUGGUCUGUUUGCAGUCUGUCUUGUAGUAAAAGUUAAUCAUGAGAUCCUGGUUGAGUGGCCUUCAUAGGUUAUAUUGAAGGCGCUUUUAUUAGUGUUAUUCUGGGUCGGUUGCAAUAUCCUUUAUCCCUUUCAUGCAUGAUUUCAACAAAACUGUAAUCACUGACUUGCUAUAAUAUUUAGCAGUUUCCAUUUCUACCUCCUACUGAAUAGGCUUUAUUUAGAAAUGGCUUCUGAUGUCUGAAAUUUUAGUCUUGAAUUUAAGAUCCAGUAAAUCUGUAUAGUCAUUCAGACAAUUUUGCACAACACACUACCUAAUACCACAGCUUUCAGUAGAGCGUAUUUUAAGUGCUUUCCAUUGAACAUGCUUAUCAGUUGGGAAGUCCAGCAAUUAGUAUGUACUUAAUGCCUAUGCUGACCCAGCCUUACGUAAUGUUGUCUGCAGUGUGUUCUGAUAAGGUAACUGAUGUGUUCUUUAUGGCAGUAGUCAUGUUGCCCUUCAGGCCCCACCAAUCUGCUGCAGACUAUUUGAACAUCUUAAACCUUGAGAUGGUGGAUUUUAACCUGCCUUUUUAAUGGGUCGUAACAAAGAAAAAGUACAUGAGAAUUGGGAGGAAAAAAUCUUGAGAUCCACAAGAGGGGAAAUGCUUUUGUGCCAUUAAGUGGUUCUUAGACAACCUAUUAUUGAAAGGUGUUUUAAUUAUAUUUGACAUAACAUGAUGGUAAACUUAAGUAAACUGCAAUCCAGUUGUAAGAAAUGAAAUGGCUUAUGAUCAUGUCAUUGAAAGGCUGUUUUAGUGCUGUAUUCGCCACUAUUGCUGAAUUUACAAUAAAGGAAAAACUUGAUCAGCAUAAAA